UUUUCCAUGACGCUACUGGUACUUCUAUGACGGGAACAUCGGAUACGGACAUCCUCAUCAUUAUACUUCACGACUAUGACUUCCGAGACAUCUCCAACCCGGCAGGUGAGCGGCCCUAGGCAGUUGGCGGCCCCACACGGGCUCAGACCGCACGACGUGUUCUGGAGAGAACAUUGCGAAUGGCUCCGAGAGAAAGGUUAUGAGCUCCGCCCGCGAUACAAACCAGGGUGGUCGCCUUCGUCAUCAUCACAGACCACGAAGACGCUCGAGAGGGACUUUGACGAGGACCGUGCUAUGCCCGGAGACAUCCUCGACGCUACACGCAUCUCAGACGGGCGUGCUGUUGUACUCAGGAAGGUCUCGAGACACGCCGACACCCAGAAGCUCGAGGUGCACCAGUAUCUCGCGACAUGGCCGCUCGUCUCGCACCCAAAGAACCACUCUGUGCCCAUCUUGGACAUACUGCGGGUGCCAGGCGAACACAAAACAGUGCGCAUACUGGUGAUGCCGCUGCUGCAGCCGUUCCACGUGCCGGCCAUGCAGACCGUCGGCGAAGCAGUCGACUUUUUGGGUCAGGUAUUCGAGGGUCUGCAAUUCAUGCAUAGCUGUAACAUCGCGCAUCGCAACUGUUCGGACAUCGGCAUCAUGCAGGACCCCGAGCCUCUGUACCCCAGUGUCAAACGACGUCGGACUUCUCGUGUGAAGCGGGCGACGCGAGGCUCAGAGAGCACCCUGCGGCCAGUGCGAUACUAUCUGGUCGAUUUCGGGCGGUCUCAGAAAUACCAGCACGGCUCACGCUUUCACGUUGCGAGCCAGGUCUCCGUCGUCUCAGAUGCGGCAGCUGUCGGAGUCGACGACCCGUACGCGACUGACAUCCGCUGCCUGGGCGAAACGAUCAGUGAGACGUUCCUCGAAACCAUGAACGGCUUGGAGUUCCUCGCUCCCCUCGUGGCAGACAUGACCAAAAACGAUCCUGCAGCACGGCCUGACAUGGACGCCGUCGUCGCGAUUUUUAGGAAACUCAAGGGUAGGCUUCACUGGUGGAAGCUGCGAUCACGGCUCGUUCGCAAGGACGAGCACGGUCUGCCGCGGAUACGACGGGGUGUGACGCAUUUCUUGCGGAUGUUGGGAUACAUCGUAGCAAGGCGGCCCGCGGUGCCUUCGGUUACAUAGACGAGCAGGCCGCCCGGUAUAGGAUCACAGUGGGAGUAGGCGUCUAUGCGGCGCGCCACAAAGACACUUUGAUGCAGGCUUUAGGGUAUCGUAGCUGCGAGAAGAGAUAUCUCGCACAAAUAUGUCAUGUCACGACCAGACACUUCAAGUAAAAGUUUGUUGAUCUUUCGCCUCGUCACAGCUGGCGCGUGUCGAGUACACAGUCUCAGAAGCUGACAACUUUCUUCGGCUUCUGCGCCGGGUGGCCAAACGACUUGACCCCUCCCGAGAACGCACCGACCAUGACGGCGGCACUCUUUUUCUGCCGCUCGUCCCUCUUCUCUUCCCGGGUGACCUCCGCUGUCUUGCGCCUGAAGGUGUGGAAGUCGUCCUCGUCGGCACCGGCCUCUGUGCCCGUGCCGACAAACACCGCUGCCGUCGUGCCAUCGGUCCCGCUGCUGCCGUUGCGGAGGCCGCAGUGCCGCGCAAGGUGCGUCGUCGCGCCGCAGAGCCUGCAGCAUCCGCCGUCGGGGUACACGCCCCGCGCGGUGUUCUGCGGGCACGCACCCGCGAGGUGGCCCGUGCCCGCACACACGAAGCACGCCGCGAACGGCAGCGGGUUCGCCGAGUCGUGCGGCGCCGGGCACCGUGCGAGGCUGUGCCGCGUCGAGCCGCACCUGUAGCACAUCCCGACGGCCUGCUUGCCCAGCGGCGCGCCGCCGCUGCCACCCGCAGCGGACGACAGCGCCUGCGGACAGUCCCGCGCCGCGUGGCCCUGCGCGCGGCACGCGAAACACGUCGUCUGCGCGGCGCGCGCGCGCUGGCGCUGCAGCCGCCGCUGCUCUGAGGCGAGCCUGCGCGCAUCGGCCGCUC